AUGAAUUUUAUUUACAUAUGCUUAUAUUUGAAAAUGUGGUUUUUUAUAAGAGUUACUUUCUGUUAAUCAGUAUAGAUUAUAUAUAUUUUAGACUACUUAUUAGAUUUUUCCUAAUGAGAAUAUCUAUUCGAAGAAUUAUGGAUAUGCUAUUGAUAUUGAUAAAGAGAAUUUUGAUGAGAAAAGUAUUUAGAAAUAAAAUAUUGAAUUACUAAGAGAAAUAAAAAUAGAAAAUGAAUAGUCUAUAGAAUUAAAUGGAGAUGAACAAUUAUUUAGCUUUACUUCAGAUGAUUAUAUAGAUGUGUUUAUACUAAAGAAUAAGAGUAUUGAAUGCUUAUAUCAGAUAAAAAAUUAUUUAUAUAAUGAUGAUGAAAUAAUUAUUGAAAAGAAACAAUGUUUAUUCUUGUUAAAUCACUCAUAUUGUUAUCAAUUACAUUAAUUGGAUAAAUUCAUUUAUAUAGUAUAAUGUAAAUUUAAUGAAAAUACUACAAUAAUUUAAAUAGUUAAUUAAUCAUAAAUAUUUGAUGAAAUUAUGAUACCAAUUUAACCAUUUUGUAAAUAAGAUUCAACAUUUUAUAAAGAGACUUUAAUAAUAUAUAAUAAAUAAUGUGAAAGUACUAAAUUUUAUUCAACUUAAAUACAUAAUCUUUCAUUUAACAAUACUUAACUAUAUGAUUUAACAGAGAUAAAAGAAUUUAAUGAAAAUACAGAAUAACUUAUAGAUAUAUAAUUUUGCACUCAUAGUAAUUUGUAUAUAAUAUUCACCAAUUAAAUCAUAUCAUUUUUUCUUCAAACUAAAGAACUUUACAAUCUGUUUUCACAUGUAGGUUUUGAUAUUAAAUAAUUUAAGUUUAUAAAUCUUUAAACUCAAAAUUAUAUCGUUUAAGUAAAUAAGGAAACUUAAUAAUUAUAUUUAAAUAAUUAUUAAUUCGAUAUAAGUAUAUAAGACUUUUAGAAUUUCUUUUUCAUUCAAAAAAAUCUUAUUCUAUUUCAAUUAAAAGAUUAGUUAUUUAUAAAAGUUAAUUCCUUAUUCUCUAGUAUAUUAUCUAUUAAGAUAAAUAAUUUUAUAUAAAUUGGUGAAUUACCUUAUUUUAUAGCAUUAUCAAAUUAGUAAUUGAAAUUUAUUAAAUUAACCUUACCAAAAUCUGUAAUUACCUAUAACAAUUCUGAUUCAAUAUAUAUGAUAUAAUCAGCUUUAAUAAUUGCUCCUAAUUUUUUGAUUAAUUUCAUAUUGUUGGAUCCAAAUAAUCCAAUUUAAUAUUUUCAGUAAACAAAAAUAUUUUAUGAAACAAAUAAUUCCAAUGAUUAAAUAUGCUUAUCAUACUAAAUAUAUAAAAGAACUCUUCCUUUUAAGAUAAGAUAAAUAAUGGAAAAUGAAAAAUAGUUAACAAUUUUUGAGAAUCAAUAUGCAUAAUUUAUAUCUUAUUUAGAUUGGAUUCUCUCUAUUGGUAAUGUUACCUUUUUACAUAAACUUAAAGAUGAACAAAUACUUAUAGGAUUGAAUUUAGAUGAUAAAUUUAUUAAAUUAAUAUUUUAUUCAAAUGGUCGACCUAUGAAAACAUAUUAGUUUAAAUUAUUUAAUAAUUUAAUAAACAUGUUUUUUAUAAGAGAAUCUAUACAUUUAGUAAUAAUUUAUUAGAAUUAAAUUGAAAUUUACAAAUUAGGAUUUGAAUAAAUAGAAAAGAGUAUUAGUAAUACAGAUAUUAAGAUAAUUAAAGCAAUUUAAUAAAAAGAUAUAGUUCAGUAUUUACUUGAAGAUUGUAAUAAAAUAUCGAUUCUAUUUUUUGGAGAUUAUUUUUCGAUAAGAAAAAAUAAAUAUCAAUUUGAUUGUAAAACCUCUCUUUAAUUUUAUAAAGAUGAUAUUUAUAUUGAUAUUCAUUCUUUGUAUUUCAAACAUAAAAAAUAAGUAGAACGUAUAAUAAUCCUAAAAGAGAAGAUAUCGGAAGUAAGUAAUGUACUAUUAGAAUAUCUUCUAUUGUUCACUCUUCUUGAUAAUAAAUAUUAUGUCAAAUUAUUUUUAGUCAAAAGAGAAGAAUUGCUAUUUCUAUACACACUUCCAACUUAUAAUUAUACAAUUUAAUUCCCAUUUUAUUAUUAAAUUUAGAAUUCUAUUCUAAUGAUAAAAACAAAAAGUUCUAUUUAAGGCUCCUUUAUUUUGAUUUAUGAUGUAACAAAAACAGCGAUUGAAUCUUUAAUUUAAAUUACUGAAAUUGAUAGUGAAGAAAGAUUUUCAUUUAAAUUUAUUAAUAAUAAAGAAUAUAUUUACUAAUAUAAAGGAUAAUUGAAGAUACAAAACUUAUAUUAACCAUGUUUUAUUUUAAACAUAUCUUAUGGGGGUUAUAGUUUUGUUUAGAAUAAGGAAAUCAUAAUUAAAACUUAAUCUUUGAUUAGCAAUUAAAGUGUAGAUUUAGAUUUGUAUCUAUUUUAAAUUAAUAAAAACUACAAAUUAGAAUUAUUAAAUUAAAAUGAAAUUAUUCUCAUUGAUAAUACUAUUAGUUUUAAGAAUAUUUUUGGUAAUAUAGAAAAUAUUUAGAUUAUUGGAUCAGAAAAUAAUUAAGUUUAUUUACCGUUGAUAUUUACAAAUAAUUCUAUUAGUUGUAUUUUUUAUAGAUUUGGUCUCUGUAUUAAUUAAACAUCCAUUUUGAGAAAUAUUUUUGAUUUAAACACAUCUAUUACGUUUGAUUAUUAAAAUAUGAUAUUCUCCUUAUUAAAUAUUGGCUAUAAUCCAGAUGAUUGUAAUCAUGUUAUCUAUAUGAAGGACAAAGAUACUAUAAUUAUCAAUGAAUUUAAUUUUUGCUAUAACAAUUCUAAAUUAAAAAAAAAUUAUAAGAUAUUAACUAAUGAUGAUUCGUCUUAUAUUGAGAUUAAAGAUUUCAUUUAAAUAAAUGAUUUUCAGAUAUUUAGAUACUCUAAUGAUUAUCUUCUAUUUACUUUUUAAUUUUGUCAUCUUUAGGAUGCAAAACUAACUAAAUCUUUCGAAAAUUAGGUAUUUUAGUCACUUGAUGUUGCAAAAAUUGAUAAUUUCACUUACUUGUUUUUGAAUAUAAAUAUUGAAUAUUUUGAAAUUAGAAUUAUAAAUAUUACAAAAGUAGAUCAAAAUGCUUCAUAUGAUAUACUUUAUCAUGAUUUUUAAUAAUGGAACGAUUUACUUUCUAAUCUUUAGACAUAAUUUUCCAAAAACUUACUGAGUAAGUUAUAAAUAUAUUAUGUCAAUAAAAUAAAUAAUGACAUUGAAAUUAAGUUUAUUGUAAUUAUGCAAUUUCAUCUAGCAUUUUUAAUUAAAUUAACUGUUAAUCUAAAUCAUUUAGAUAAUAUUAAAUUAUAAUAAUAAGGAAUAAUACGAUUUGAAUAGGAAGCAUUAUUUUCUAAUUUAAUAUUUAUUGAUAAUAAAUAUGCAAUUCUUAGCUUUUAAAAUGAUUAAUCUAACUUUAUUAAUAUAUUUGAUAUUAGUAAUUUAUCAGAACGUAAAAAUGUAGAUAGUAUCUAAAAGUUUAUUGAUAAUAAUUAUACAGCAAUCGAAAGAUACAAUGAAACUCAUUUUGUAAUAGUUCAAAAUAUCUUAAAUUAAAAUUAUUAAGUUCAUUUAAUUAUACUUGAUAAAUUAAAAGUUGAAUGUUAAGGACAAUGCUCAAAACCUGCUUAUUUAAAGUUAAGUAAUCAAGUAUCAGAAAUUGAAAUUGAAAUAAAAUUUAAGAAUGAGUAAGAGAUAAAGAAUUAUUUAUAAUUAGUUAUUAUUAUUUUAACUUUGAUUAGUAUUGUGAUCAAAUUAGUUACAAAAAAAGUGAAAAAUAUAAAUAGAAAAUAGAAUUAAAUUUGA